AUGGCUGAACUGAGGACGCGAAAGCGACAAAGAAGCCUUACCACAAAGUCACUAAAUUCAUACAACGCAGCGGGGACGAGCUCCAGCAGUCAACGUAACUCACCAGUCGUGGAUGGAUCGGCCGGUCGUUUUGUUGUGGGAUCUAUAGUUCGCAUCAGCAUGGAAAACUUCCUGACCUACAGUACUGCUGUGGUGUAUCCUGGGCCCAACCUGAACGUGAUUUUGGGGGCCAAUGGAACUGGCAAGUCCAGCAUUGUGUGUGCCAUAUGCCUGGGUCUUGCUGGCAAGACUACUGUGUUGGGUAGAGGGGACAAGGUUGGACUUUUUGUCAAGCGUGGUUGUGAAAAAGGAUUUAUUGAGAUUGAACUGUACAAGAAUGAUGGUAAAUUAGUAAUUAAAAGAGAAAUCCACGUGGAGAACAACCAGUCAGUGUGGAUGCUGAAUGGAAGACACUCUAGCCAAAGGGCAGUGGAGGACGAGGUCAAGGCCCUGCACAUCCAAGUCAGCAACCUCUGCCAGUUCCUUCCUCAGGAAAAAGUGGGUGAGUUUGCCAAGAUGUCGAAGACUGACCUGCUGGAGGCCACAGAGAAGUCAGUGGGACCGCCAGAAAUGUACGAGUACCACUGUGAGCUCAAGAACUUCCGCAGGAAAGAAAGAGAAUUGGAGAACGUAGUGGAGGACAAGGGAAACUUCUUGGAGAGGGCCAGACAGCGGAAUGAGAGGAAUAAACUCGAUGUGAAUCAUUACUAUGAAAAGAAGAGGCAUCUGGACAUGAUCGAGUUGCUGGAGAAGAAGAAACCAUGGUUGGAGUACGAGACUGCUCGUAAGGAGCUUGAGGGUGUGAAGAAGGAGCGUGAGGAGGCCAAGAAGCGGCUCUUCGUGCUGAAGCAGGCCCAGGCACUACUGCUAAAGAAAGUUCAGGCGAUCGACAAUCAGCUUAAGCCCACCGAGAAGCAAAUAAAUGCCAAGACUGCUGCGAUCAGAGAGGCAUCUGAGAAGUGCAAACAGGAACAGGACCAGCUGGACCAAAAGAACAAAGAGAUUGAGGAUAUCAAACAGGAUCUGAGGCUAAAACAGAUGGAGGAGGAGGACCAUCAGAAGCGAAUCAGCAACACCAAGCGGAUAAUUGACGACCUGAAGGCAGAGCUUGCAAACUUAAGCGACCAACCGGAUCUGGUCCCACUUAUUGAUGCACUCAGUGCUGAGCUGAGGAGCAACCAGACAGCGAGGGCCCAAGUGGCGGGAGAGAGGGCAGACCUGCAAAGAGAGAGAGACAACUUCAUUGCAGAGUCCAGAAUGCUGGCAGAAAGACUGAGCAAGAUGAACAACAUGUUGAGUGCCAAAGAGGAGAAACUGAAGGGACGUCACAAAGACUCACAUACUGCCAUCCAGUGGCUCAGGCAAAACCGACACAUCUUCUCAGGAAAUGUCUAUGAACCCAUGAUGCUAGUGAUCAAUGUGAAGGACCAUCAAUAUGCCAAGUACGUGGAAAACCACAUCGCCUUCCAGGACCUGCGGGCAUUUGUCUUCCAAAGGCAGGACGACAGGGAGAAAUUCAUGACUGAGGUUCGUGACAGAAUGAGCUUGAAAGUGAACUCCAUCCUUGCGCCAGUGGAGUCUUGUUCCAAUCGGUUACCAUCUCGACCUAUCGAGUCCCUGAGGCGCUUUGGGUUUUUCUCCUAUCUGCGUGAGCUGUUUGAUGCCCCUGAUGAGGUGAUGAGCUACCUUUGCCAUCAGUACAGGGUGCAUGACAUUCCUGUGGGGACUUCCCAGACCAAAGACAUGAUCAAAACGGUGAUCGAGGAACCGUAUAUCAAGAUUCUGUACACAGCAAAUGAGAGAUAUACGGUGAAGAAGUCGUUGUACUCCAACAAGAUCAGCUCCAGUAACUCCGCAAUACACCCCUCCAAGUACCUCAUCAUCACCGUGGACACUGAGGAGAAACGCAGGGUGGAGCAACAGAUGAAUGCCUGUAAGGUGAGGCUAACGGACAUAAAUGAACGGUUGGGUGCCUUGCAGCAACAAGCUGCCAUGUUGGAGCGUCAAGACAAUGAGCUCCGGGAGAAGAAAAAGCGUCUCUCAGAAAUGAGAGGCAAAAAAAGGCAACUAGAGCAGAAAAUCCAAACCAAGCAAGACAGUCUGAGGCUAAUGGAGCAGGGUGGCAUCGAUCUGAAGAACAUUGAGGAACAGGCUAAAGCCAAAAUCUCUGCCGUCAAUUCCCAGAAGUUGGCCGUAGUCAUGGAGUUCAUAUCCCAAAUCAAGCUAAGAGCCAAGUUGAGCAUGGAAAAGGUGUGCCUGGCACUGGAGACGGUGGGACUGACUGCUGAAAAGACCAAGCUGUAUAAUGACUAUAGAGAGGGCACCACUGAACUCAAGGCCAUGGAACAAACACACAGCCAACUGGAGCAGAGGAAGAGCCAGCUGGUAAUGACUUGCAAAAGCCUGCUGAAGAGAGCCAAUGAGAUCUGUAACAUCGACCCCGGAGCGACUGUGGCCGCAGAACUACACACUGCCCUCAAAAAGCUGCCAGACACUCUGGAUGCGAUAGAUGCCAUGCUGAAUGAGGAGAGGUCCAGGGCAGAUUGCUUCACCGGCCUCAGUGAGAAUGUUAUUGAGGAGUACAACCAGAGGGAGCAAGAGAUCAAAAACCUGGAGAAAGAGCUGGAAGAUAAGCGCAACGCUCUGAAUGCCCACAGACAGAACAUAGCAGAGGCUAAGGAGCGUUGGCUAGAUCCUCUCAAGGAGCUGGUGGAGCAAAUAAAUGAGAAGUUCAGUGAAUUCUUCCGCUCAAUGCAGUGUGCCGGAGAGGUAGACCUGCAUUCUGAGAAUGAGGAAGAGUAUGAUAAGUAUGGGAUCCGUAUCCGCGUGCAGUUUCACAGCAGCACCAAGCUUCAUGAGCUGACCCCCCACCACCAGAGCGGAGGGGAGCGCAGCGUCUCCACCAUGCUGUACCUCAUGGCCCUACAGGAGAUCAACCGCUGCCCUUUCAGAGUGGUGGAUGAGAUCAACCAGGGAAUGGAUCCUGUUAAUGAGAGAAGGGUCUUUGACAUUGUGGUCCGCACAGCAUGCAAAGACACAACCUCCCAGUACUUCUUUAUAACACCCAAACUCCUGCAAAAGUUAAACUAUGCUGAUGAAAUGACCAUCCUUAGUGUCCAUAAUGGUCUCUACAUGUUUUUGCCUGUCGACUGGAAUGAGGAGACUUUCAUCAGACGGUUCAAAGAAAAGGCAAUGCAUGUAUCUACUCACUUGGUUUAACGUUCAUGGGGUCAGCUUUCUUUCAGCUAAUUUAUGUUUCAACAGUUCCUGGAAAAAUAGUGCAUACUCGCAUAGAGCAUAUUUGCUCGUUAGUUCCUCAAUUGCACUGUUUUGUUGUAAAUGCUGCGGUUAUUAAAUUAACAGUUUAUAAAUGUAGAUUUUGUUUGAAGGUUGCAUUUUUGUUUAUAUUGCCAAAUAUGUUUUGUUGUUUUAUCAGAAUGGUUUUGUGAAGAAAACCUAAAACGACUUUGUAGUCUUUGUAUUGUAUGACUUGAUUUUUUUUUUGGAAUGCAGUUUCAAUAAA